GCAUACAUAUGUACAUGCAGACAUACAGACAGACGGACGUCUGUAUGUGAGUACAUGUAUCAAAAAAAAUCCAAAUCGAUUGGCUGCCUAGUUAGGCGUUUCUGAUAAGAUAGAAGACGCCUCGAGCCCAGAACACGUACACAGAGAGAGAGAGAGAGAGCGAGGGAGAGAGAGACACACACAGAGGCAUUCCAGAAAAAGCGAUACAUAACCGGAGUGAAACAUCGAGAGGUGCGCCAGGUGCCUAGUACUAGUCGUGAUUAUACAAUUACCAGCAGCACGCGAGCAGCAAGCAAGGAGCAAGAGUCAUGAGCAGCACCGGCCAAGUCAACGUUACCAUUGCCAGUGCCAAUGGACAUGGGGACAGCGACAGCAACUGCAACAGCAACAGCAACAGCAACAGCGGAGAAACACCAUUGGGCCACACUGACAACGACCAGCUGCAAAUCUUGGGCCAGCUGCGCAGCAUUGAGCAGAUCAACGAGCAGCGCCGCAUCUUCCUGAAGAGCACCAUCAACGAGAUACAGGAGGAGAACGGCGGCGAGCCAGCUGAGGAAGUGCCCGAGCUGCGACGGCAAGUGACGCCGCCCAAUAGUCUGGCGCUGAGCGUUAAAUAUGCCACGCUGCCAAGUCCAUCGCUGGCCACAUCGACGAUGGUGCGCUUUCCGCUGUCGCCGCCGCCGAAGCCCCCGAUGCUAAGUCGCACGCGCAGCACAGGCUCGGGGGAUGCGCGUUCGCCGCUGGGCAAUGGCGAGGCGGUUGUGCUGCGGCACAGUGUCACAGAAGCCGCCCUGACGCCAGCAGCAGCAGCAGAAAUACCAGCAGAAGCAACGCCAACACAACCAACGCCACCAGCUACCAUCUCCAGCAAGCACUAUGAGAGCCUCAUCGAGGAGCUGCGCUGUCCCGGCUGCGCCAGUCCGAUGAAGGCGCCCGUGCUGCUCUGCAAGAGCGGGCACAGCGUGUGCGAGCAGUGCACCCGCAUUCGUCUGAUGUGUCCGCUGUGCAAGGAGGGAUUCACCACAUUGCGCUCGCUGACAAUCGAGGCGCUGUGCGCCAAGGCGCACUUCGGAUGCAGUUUCGCGGCGGGCGGAUGUGUGGUCCGGAUGCCGGUGGCGCUGCUGCCGUGGCACGAGCAGCAGUGCAUCUAUAAGCCGAUGAAGUGCUUCAUGGGGCGCGUGUGGGGCGACUGCAAGUGGCACGGCAGGGAGGUGCAGUGGAAGCAGCACCUGGAGGAGCAGCACAAGUCGAAGCUGUUCUGUGCAGCGAGCGCGGAUCUGGUGUGGAACAUGGCCAAGCAGAUUCGGCCACUGACGGGCUACUAUGUGUUCCAGACAUACGACGAGAUGUUCAACUUCUACGAGAUCUACGACAAGGAGCGCAUCCUGUUCACCAUGACCUGCACCUCGAAUCGGCGCGAGAGCAAGUACAACUAUGCCUACGAGGUGACUCUGCUGCAGCCUAACAACGAGGCGCUCUCCCUGACCCAGAAGUUUCCCGUGCACAGCGAGUACGACAAGGACAUUCUGCAGGAGGGCACCUGCGUCAGCAUUGGCCUCAACGAGCUGUCGCGCUUCGUCGACGACGACAAGUUGCUCCAUUAUCGGGUGACUGUCAUGGUGGUGAAGUCGCCGCGCCACUCCAAGCCCAUGCGACAGAGUCUGCCCCAGCCGCUGAACUAUCAGCCGCCGAAGAUUGCCGGCGUCAAUGGGAAGAGCGUGCCGCCCAGCAUGAUCAUCACGCGCACCUACAAGGAGGCGAUCGGCGAGGUGGCCAGUACGACAGGUGCGCCGGUAACACCGGAUGGCGAGGCGUCCGAGAGCGGCGCCAGCCUGGAGCUGGAGCGCAAGUGGGGCACGCCGCUGUUGCACUUUAAUCGCAAAUAUCUGAACACGUGCAGCGAUGUGUCCAACGAGGCCGAUGCCAAGGAGGAUGUACUGCGUCCACUGCACGAGCCGAGCGCCAGCAUCCAGGUGGUCAGCGACGACAAGCUCUCCAUGUGCAGCAACAGCACCAGCUACACCAAAAAAGUCUCCAACUCGCUGCGCCGCAGCAUUCGCUCACUGAAGUGCGACCUGAUGGAGCUGCGCCCCUUCGCCAAGAAGAAGUCAGCGGCAACAACAAGAAAGGCAACAACAACGAAAUAAGUGAUGACUGCAGUCAAUAAAGUUCUCGGAGCACUUGCCGGAAAUAUAUUUAUAUAUGACACCCAAUGAAAAUGUAAAUAGUUUUUUUUUUAUUAUGAUUAUCAUUCGACAACAAAUGAGAGUCGAUUGUUAAAGUUGUUGAAGAUCUGAUAGGUGAAUUGGAUAUUGUUUGAAUUAAACUCAUGAAUAAAAGACGAAAUACUCCA